CUAAGAACAGAUGCAUCAAUAACAUUAAUUUUAUAUGUUUUCCAGACUGUGACCUUGCUUGAUUUCCUUUCUUCAAAUGAAAUCUUUCUCUCUGACCUGAAUCUUAAUCUUUAUGCGCAACAUCUAAAUUCCCAUAAUCAUGCAGACCAUGGGUCAGUUUUACAUUGGGAUUUUGUGCCUUAAAUUAUCGCAAAGUGUUUGGAAUUCGAUUGCCCUCUCAUUUCUUUCAUACUAAUCUCCUGCAGUCACAGUCAUUUAUUCUUUUGUUGGGGUUAAAAGGAAACUUUUAUUGGUGUUUGGAGCUGCAUACUUUUGAGAACAUUGAGAUUACGCAAGUGUGUGUAAUUAGCUAAAUAUGGCUUCUGAUCUCCAAGGUAAAGCGAUUGUAAUCAUGGGUGUCAGUGGCGCUGGGAAAUCUACAAUAGGUGAGCUUCUGGCCAAAGCUUUGGACUGUAGUUUUCUGGAUGCUGAUGAUUUUCACCCUCAAUCAAACAAAGACAAAAUGCAUCAGGGAAUACCUCUAACAGAGGAAGACCGGAUUCCAUGGCUUGAAAUCCUACAAGAUGCUUUAAGGGAGAGCUUGAUCAGUGGAAAAACUGUUGUGCUCAGCUGUUCUGCUCUGCAGAAACAAUAUCGAGAAAUUCUUAGGUCUGCAGACUGUAAUUACCAUCAUGGAAGCUUUAACAGUGCAGUUAAGUUCGUGUUGCUGGAUGCCAAGGCUGAGGUGCUUGCGGAGCGAUUAGAUAAAAGAGCUGCAGAAGGGAAGCAUUUUAUGCCGGCAAAGCUGUUGCAAUCUCAGUUGGAGUUGCUUCAGAUAGAUGAUUCUGAAGCAAUAUGUAAAGUUGAUGCUACUCUAAAUCCUCAAGCACUUGUAAAUGCCAUAAAAACUUUGAUUUUCGGACCAAGAAAACCAAUUGCAUUAUAAGUGCAGUGUGAAUUCAAGAUCAGCCACUUCAAACUUGCUUCGUUACAAGAAAAGCCCAACUUGGUUCCAUUAAAGAUCAUGUGGCCGUACAGAUUUGUAGAUUUAAUCAUCCAAGGAAUUGAUUAGAAACUUCUAUACUUUGUUAUAUUAAAUCAUUGACAAGCCACAGAACUGGCUCUGUGUCAUUUGAUCGUA